GCCAUUUCGUUAGUUGUAUUCACCAAUCUCAUUACAGACACACACACCGAUCGGUCUCUCUCACUCACUCUUAUCUCUCUCUCUCUCCCCAAAACAAACUCUUCACAGCCACAUCUCUCUCUCUCUCCAUGGCGGCUGUUUUGGAAACCCUAGCUAUCCCCCGCGCCUCUACUUUUCCGGCGAUUUCUUCUCCGUCCGUCUGUUCGCUCUCCGGUCACCGGAGCUCAAUUAAAUUGCCUCAAUCCAGAGGACUAAAGAUUCAGUCCGUACGAGUCACUGGAUCGGUGAGUACUAGCUCGAGGCUCGUUAGUCGUGCUGGUCGUAUCGUCAGCGAGGCUCAGGACACUGCUGUUGUUGUGCCUAGUGUCCUUGAUGCAACAUGGCAGUCACUUGUCCUCGAGUGUGAUUCUCCGGUUCUUGUUGAAUUUUGGGCUCCAUGGUGUGGUCCAUGUCGCAUGAUUCAUCCUAUCAUUGAUGAACUGGCAAAAGAAUACGCAGGAAAGCUAAAGUGUUACAAGGUCAACACUGAUGAGAGUCCCUCGGUUGCAACUCGAUAUGGGAUAAGAAGCAUCCCAACAGUCAUGAUUUUUAAAUGUGGAGAGAAAAUAGAUGCAAUCAUUGGCGCAGUUCCUAAAGCAACACUUGCCACUUCCAUAGAUAAGCUCUUGUAGAGACAGCAAGUAUAUAGGUCUUUUCGAGGCUUAUAAUGUCUCUAUUUGUUUCUUUUCUUUGAUUUGGAUGUUGGAAGUUCGGAUACUAUGAAGCAUAAUAAACUAAAUAUGCUCAUGUACAGUCGGAUAUGCUGUAUAUUCCCUUUAAUUUGAGCAAUGUAUUGAAUCAUUGUAUCACACGAUUAGGUCUCUAUUCAAAUCUCACAGAACAUCUAUUUCUCCUACA